AAGGCACGUGUGGAUUAGGAAGAGUAGCAAUAGGGUUUCACGCUCGAAGCUCGCACUCAGCUCAGCUUCUUUGGCCUACAAACAAUGUCGUCGCUGAAGAGAGCGCUUCGCCAGUUCACCUUCGGAACCGGCAAGACCGCCGGACGCAACUCUUCCGGUCGCAUAACCUCCUUCCACCGCGGUGGCGGCGCCAAGCGCCUCCAGCGAACCAUUGAUCUCAAGCGCAACGCCGCACCUUCCUCUGGGGGCAUUGUUGAGCGGAUCGAGUACGAUCCCAAUCGCUCCUCCAGCAUCGCCCUCGUCCGAUGGACCGAAGGAGUCCGCCGCCGUGCCAUGCCGGAGAAAGCCCUUGCUCAGCCGUCGCGCAAAUCGCUCCAGAUCGAUAACUCCAUCGAAGGCAACAACAACAUCCGUGGUGUGUUCGCAUUCAAUCUGAUGCUGCCUCCGCAGCACGCUGGUUCAGCAUCGAGGAACGCGUUCUUGUCGGCGUUCUCGCCAAAGGGAAAAGCAGCUUCUGCUUCUGCAUCUGGAUCUGGAUCCGAAUCGCUUCCCCUCGGGUUGCCGAGGAUUGCGGUGGUUGCGUCGAGAGCAUCGUUCUUCGCGCCGCGAGCGAGAGGGGAGGAGAAGCUGGAGGUUCGGAACUGGAAGAAGAACAACGACGUGUGGACGCAUAGGAACAAGCGCAAAGCUGCAAUUUCUUGGCACGGCAUCGCGCGAUAGGGUUCAGAGCGCAAAGGAAUUAGGGUUCGUGCUAGAAAUUGGCCCUUUCACGCUCUUGUAAACCUAAAUUUGUCACUUAAUUUCAAAAUCAUAGUCUUCUAUUUUUCUUUCAUCUGAAAAUUUUAGUUGAGAUUUUGUUUGUCUUGAAUUCUGAGGCAUAAGGAGACGACAAUUUGGUUUUGCAAAGUGAAAUAUAUAUGAAUUGCUUCUAGCUACAUCAUCUAACAUGGUGUUGUUGUUAGAUUCUGUGUAUGAAAAGCUUUUUGAAAUGUGUCAAAUUUGAGGUUCCUGCUUUGAACCAGAGUUA